AUGGAUCCUCUUCUUUUCACUGCUCCUGCUCGCAUCAGAGUCUUGCUUGUCCCAGUACAUCCAAUUAAAGCUCCAACCUUUCACAGACAUGUUCAAUUGGUAAAAAAUUUUAAUGUUGUGAGACUUGGAGACGUUACUCCAGAUAUGCGAGGUGUUCAAUCAGCCAUGUUCAGUUCACAGCUCUUUCAUGAAGGUCAGUUACAUUUUAACUUUGUAACUUCUUACGAACCGGAGCAUGCAUAUCUUGAAGAAUUCCAGAUGCAUCGUAGGAUUUUUGGGGUUAUUGGUAUAAUGGAUUGUUGUGAAUGGUCAGAUUUGAAGGAAGGGUACAAUAAGUUUAGUGAAAUAAUUAAAAAUUAUCGCACUGCUGUUGCCCACCGGUGUUUUGCAUUUGAUCCCUCAGAAGAUCAACCUGAUGAUACCAAAGGAUUGAUUAUGAUUCCAAAUGUUGGAGAAAUGAAUUUUUAUAUGAGCACAAUGAUUUCAGAUUUUGCAAAUAAUAUUCUUACUGAAUUUGGCAACUUAGCAACCGAUAUUGAAAAAAGACAAAUUAUUUAUUCACCAAAAAUACCAACACCAAAUUCUCCUCAACUUCAAAAUGGAUCUAACAAUCAGCAAUCAAAUGGACGUUAUUCUGCACCCCUCCAAUCAUUUUCUUCCCCUGAGUUAAAGUCAUCUCAAGCAUUUUCACUUACACCUCCUGUUCAAGCUAUGACCACUGCUGGUGUUGGUGGUGCUGCAGCAGGCGUUGCACCUAAAGAAAGUUAUCAUAGUAGAUCAUUUUCAUCAUCAACUUUAGUUAAUAUUGCUGCCCAAGCUGCUAAUGUUCCAACUGACAUGAGAUUGAAAAAGAGAGCUCCCGGACGAAUUCUUAAAUUAAUUGCAGAUUUAUAUCUAAUGGCUGGAAUAUUACCGAAUGCUUUACAAAAUUAUAUGCUGGCUAUUGAAGCCACAAAAGCGAAUAGCGAUUAUUUAUGGCAUGGAUCAGCUUUAGAAGGAUUAUGUGUUGUAUUACUUCUCGCAGCCUAUCUUCAUGCAGAAAUUGGGCCUCCUAUCAUUCAAUCUCAACCUCUUGCUUCACCAACUGCAACUGAUCAACCACCUUCAUCUCCAGAAUCACCCAAAGUUCUCUGGGUAGAAACAACUGAAAAAUAUGUCCAAGUUCUUACAUUAUAUGCCAAAACUUCGAGUUCUUCAAAUGAUCAAGUUCCUCCCUUAAUUUAUACCGAAGCUUGUUUGAAAGUUGCAAAAUUGUUAGCAUGUAUUUGGGUAGCGGGUGGAUGGGGUGAUGAUGCGCUAAAAUUAAUUGUUCAUGGGGGAACUCCUGAAAAAGGAUUAAAUGAAAAAUGGGGAUUAAGCUCCGUAUGCGGAGUUUCAAAAAUUGAAGUAACUCAAUGGGCAAUGAAGGGAUACGGAUCUUAUGUAGAAGAUAUGAGUAUUACUGAACAGAUUCAUAUAACAACUACUUUAUCUACCAUCUUUUCAAUCAUUAACUUUCGUCGAAAACAUGCAUUUUUCCUUCGACAAACAGCUUUGUUAAUUUUACCACUUAUUGCUAAACCGCGUAAUUCAUCACCACAAACUAAUAAACCACCAACUGGAAGCGAAAGUGGUUUAUUAACUUGCUUGAAAAAAGUUACGGAGACUUAUGGAAUAGGAGAUGAUGUCGACCAAACGGAUUAUUCUGUGAUGGCUGAGGAUGCACGGCCACUUACUUUUGGAUGGCCUGAUAUUCAAAUUGAUGUGUUAAAGGAUGCCUUAACAAUUUCUGAUUCUCUUCCAGAUUAUCCCUCUAUGGUAAAAUAUACAACAAGGCUCUUGCGUAAACUAUUCAUGUAUUUACACAGAGACGAACAAAUUCGUUUAUCUGCAUCAAUUCCACGUAUUGUUAGUGCAGGUAAAAAACAAGGGUUGGAUAUGGAAUUUAAAUACUGGGGUUUGAAUGUCGUCAAAGGAAUUCAAGUAUGUCGUCCUACCUCAAGAAGAAUACCUUAUCCACAUGCUGGUAAGAAGUUGUCCUUAAAGAACGAAGAAAAGAAAGAAGGUGUUAGUCCUUUUAUUUAUCAGUCUUUCAAUAAAAAGAAAGCAGAUAAUACUCAGAUACAUUUAGUAGCGAAUGAAACUUCAUAUUUUUUGGUUACUUUAGCAAAUCCUUUUGCGUUUGAUUUGGAUAUUCAAAGUAUAUCAAUAAGCACCGAUGGCGUAGCUUUUACACCUAAUACAAUGUCAAUCACCAUAUUAGCUAAUACAUCUAUAACAUUAAGGCUUCUUGGGACUCCAACUGAACCCGGAGAGUUGAUUGUCAGAGGAUGUAAAAUAAAAGUUCAUGGUUGUUUAGAACAAGAAUUUUGUGUAUAUUUACCACCAAGUGAUGAAGAGAUUAAAAGGAAAGAGAAAGAAGAAGAAUACAGUAAAAGAAUAAAGAAAUGUGGCUUGGCCGUGCUAGAUAAUUUAAGUCACACAACUAACAAUCAAAAAGGGUUUUUAAAAGUUUCUGUCAUUUCUGAACAACCCUUAAUAAAAAUUAAAUCCACUUCAUUGAUGCAUGGUGCAAUAAUGCUUUUUGAGGGAGAACAAGCUGAAAUGACAAUAAAACUUGAAAAUGUUGGUAAAAUUCCAGUUGAUUUCUUAAGCUUAUCGUUUAGUGACUCAACUAUUGCCAAUACACAAGCAUUAUUAAAUUCAUCAGAUAUGCCAGCAGAAGAGGCAUAUGAAAUGGAAUUAUAUGCACUUAGACAGUCUGUAUUUUCUUGGAACCAGAAAGAUAAUGUCAAAAUUUUACCAGGAAGUGAGUGGAUUGUUAAUAUCAAUGUAUUUGGAAAAAGAGGAUGUGUAAACGGAACUAUACAAAUAGAUUAUGGAUAUCUUAAUCGACCAAAUACAUCAGAUGAUGAACCAUUUUAUACAAGACAAGUACAUUAUCCAGUAUUAUUAACAAUUCAUCAAAAUUUAGAAACAAUUUCAAUGGAUAUACUUAAUUUUAAACCGUUAUGUGAAGGAGAAAACGAUGGAGUAGUUAAUAGUUGUUCUGAUAAUAACAAGUUAAUUGAGGAUUUACUUAAAGUUAUGAAAUGGAACAAUAAAGGUACAAAGGAAGAUUUCAUGGAGAAAAUGGAAAAUGAUUAUUGUUUAUUAACAUUUGAUAUAAGAAAUGUUUGGCAUGUUGGAUUUGAUGUUACUAUUGAAGCUGAUGAAGGAGAAGAAAUUGACCCUUUAUCCAUUACUACAACUAUUCAACCUACUUCAACUGCACGAAUCAUAUUACCGAUUAAAAGAAUUUCGCUUUCGGAAAAGGAAUAUACGCAGCCAAUUCCUUCACUAUCAGAAAAACAAUUUGUUGUUUCCAAAGGACCCAAAGGAACUGUAGAACAAGAAAGAUUAGCUUUGGCAUUAUUUUGGUAUAGAGAAAAAUUAUUACAGAAAAUAAAAGCAAUAUGGGAAUCUCAAUUAACAAAUCAAAAAGGAGUGGUUGACAUUAGAUCAUUGAGGUUAAAUAAAUCAAUGUUAAAUGUAUUGAAAAUUAAUGAAAUAUCAUUUGGUAUUGAUAUUGAAGAUGGAUCUAAAGUAACCAAACUAUCUUGUAAUCAAUUUAAAUGUCCCGUUAAUGAAUUUGUUAAGAUGAAAUUUAUUAUAUAUAAUCAUCAAGGUAUAUAUAUUUUGGAAAUAUAG